AUGGCGCCGGCAGAAGCAGACCCUGCUGACUAUCGGCCAGAGGCGGACGUUGAACGCUUGGCGCGUUAUUUCGCCCAACGUUAUGGGGGCGAUGACAGCCUACUGGAAGCCCGCAAGGCUUUGGACCCGGAGGUCUCCUUUGAUCUUCCAGCUUUUGAGCAAGCGCUCAAGAAGUGGGGUGUCAAGGUCGACAAUGCGGUGGAACUCUUUUCGCACAUCGAUGUGGACUUCAGUGGCAGCAUCUCCGUGGAGGAGCUCUUGAAUGUCCUGGGCUCCCCGGUGGAAGAGAUCACACGGAGGGAGCACCAACGGCAGCGCCAAGAGGUGAAGAGGAUCUUCGAGGGACUGGCACGCAGCAUCGUUGAGAAGUUCGGCAGCAUCGAGGAUGCCUUUGCCAAGUACGGCCUACAUGGCACUGAUUCAUCACUCAGUCUGGCACAGUUGGGAAAUCUGGCAAAGCGGCUGGACAUCGAACUGGAGCCAGGGGUGUUGCAGCGCGUUUUCAACGAGAUUGACGAGGACAAUACCAAGAGCAUCUCCGUACAAGAGUUGCAGAAGGCCUUGAUGUACCAUAUUGUGGGCUUUGUGGUGGUUGAGGUGGCCAACUUCUUGGAACAGAAGCCUGGUGGAAUUGUGGAAGCCUUCGGGGAGUUCAUUGCUCCGGGCUCUGUGCCCAAGGUGGCCCCGCCCGUGCUGCCGGGGGCGCCCAGGGUGCCGACUCCUCCAAGGUUGCCGGUGGGAGAGGAGGGUGUCUCUGAAGAGAAGUUUUUGAAGGUUCUGCGGCAGCUCAAGGUUCUAGAACACAUCGGCGAGAGCCACGCUUUGAUGAUUCAUUCUGCUCUCAAGCCUUUUGCCAUGGAGGAUUUUGUCAGGAGGCUGCAGGAGGAGCACCGCGUAGCCAGCGAGAUGAAGAAAAGACAGAAGGAAGAUGCUGAGAGGCAUGAGAAGGAACGGCGCCGCCGCUUGGCAGAAUCCUUGAAGAUCGACAGCCGACCCCGGGCGGAGAAGGACCGAUGCACUGGCUGCACGGGGUGGUCUGCUCUUCAAAAGACAAGUGUGACACAUAUCUCUAAAUGA